AUGAAGGGCAUCUGUGGGUGUGACUGGGAUGAAGCAGCAGCCCUUCCGGUAUUGGCAGAAGACUGUGUUAUUAGUGAUGUUGCUGUGGACACACACGGAGUCGCCACGCAGGGGACCCCGGAUUCCUGCGCCCGGGCUCAGGUCACGGAGGGCGGCGUCCAGGCUGCCCUUGGAGGAGACCAGGGCCAGGUUGAGUGCAGGCCUCCAGGAAGGGGCGGGCCCAGCCCCUCAGGUGCGGCAAGGGCCGCGUCCCAGGUUGCACCGCGCUUGGCCUCCCUCCUUGCUGUCCUCAGGGACGGACCCGGGUGUCCUGGGCUCUGGUCCUGCCCCCCCCUCCACGCGUCGCACCUCUGGCUUCAGGGGGAGCUCCGUGGGCCGGGAUUUGGGGGUGGUGGUGCCUUCCUCUGGCCCUGGCCCUGGGGCUCCGAGACCUCUCCGGGGAGCCGCAGCGGGUGUAGCCGAGCUGCCGUCCCAGGGCUCAGCAGAGGUGCCUGGGGAGGAGGACGCUUAGCUCAACCCAGGGGAGCCACCGCAGGACAGGUCCGCGCAGGACACAGGGCCCUGCCUGAGACGCGCGCCUGGACUGCAGGCCCCGGGCUGUGGCUCCAUUUGGCAAGGGAACGUCUUAUGCACUAUCCAGGAUUGGUAUCUGAUGUAAAGCUGGAUAAGGCUCCUCCCCCAUCUGGAGUCUUGCACAGGUGGAGGGAGAAAGAAUGCGAACCCCCCUCUCCUUGCCUGGGCCCAGCGGCGACCAAUUGGUGGGCUGUCGGCCUCAGGUGUUUCGCUCUGUCUUCCGGAUCAUGCGGAGUCAGAAGAAAUACGAGGAAGAAGAACUUGGAGAGGGCCUUCCUCCCCUGUGUCGCAGGCCACUGGGGGCUGACUCCCAAAUCCAGGAGAUUUUGGAACUGCUGGGUGGAUCUGCCAUUCUAUACUCAGAAAAGCCUCAAUUAUUUAUGACAGACCACAGGAAGAUUCUUGAGAGAGCUGGAAGGGGGAGAAGACGGUGGUCAAUUUGUAAAGCACAUUCUUUGUUGAUCUGCAGACUUACCUGUUGAUGUGAAGCAGCAGCUUCAUCUGCAAUUGCUCUGCAUUCCCCUGGAUCCUCCUACAGCUUCUCCAACCCCUGGGCCAGAUGUUUACGUGCAUUUAGCUUUAUGAAGAAAGGCUCUGGAUUCUGUAGGACCUCAGCGUGAGACCACAGACACAGAUAACCAAGACAAACACCACUUUGAGUUCAUCCUCAUGGGAUUCCAGCUCAUGCUUGUGAGUCCUGCAUACUCAUGAUCCUCACUUUCUGACUAAAUAGCCUAUGAACUUCUAGCUUUGCCAUCAGAGGAAGAGAUAGCAGCUCUACAUCUGCGGAACCAGCCCCCACAAUUUUGUAAGCCACCUUUCUGUAACAAAUCCCUUCAUACAUCUCCUACUGGUUCUGUUACUUUGGAUGAAUCUCAACCAAUACAAAACUAGCACACAACCCAAAAAGCCAUCAUAAAACUAAUGGAUAAAUGCAUUGUUGUACCAUUCGCACAUGGACAACUGCUCAUCAAAUAGGAAAUAGUACAUUUUUGAUGCACAAAACAACGUGUAUGAAUCUCACAGACAUGCUGAGCAAAAGAGUCUCCAUACAAAAGUGUGCAUACUACAUAGUAGCAUUCAUGGGAAAUUUUUGAACGGUAAAAAUUAAUCUAUGGCAGAAAGAAGGAUCAGUACUUAGACUGCAUCUGGAGCAGAGGAAUUCACUAGGACAUAGCUCAAGAAAUCUUUUUGUGGAGAUGGAGAUGUUGUAUGUAUUGAUAACAGCACAGUUUAAACAGGUGCAUGCAUUUGUCAAAACUCAUCACAUUGCAUGCUUAGAAUUCCUUCAUUUCAUUAUAUAUAAAUUUUACUUAAAUAUACUGUAAAAGAAAUAUUGUACUCUAUUUGCUAGACUUGAUUUUUAUAGUGGUGUAUGGCAACAGUGCUGAAACUAAUCAUAAGUGAACAUCAGACGUACUGAAUUUAAGAAAUAUGCAACAAAAUAACUGGCCUGCACUAUUGAAAAAUAACAAGGUUAAGAAAGUCAAAGAAAGGCCAAGGCAUUUCUAGAUUGAAUGAUGUUAGCAGCACUUAAUCCAAUUCAAAUUGCGUCCUAGAUUAGGGAAAAAUAUAUAUAUAUAAAUGCUAUCACUAAGACACUUGGAAAAUUUGAAUGAGUUCAAAUUUGAAUGAGUUGAAUCAUAUAAUAUUUUAUCAAAACAAAAUUUUCUGAUUUUGAUCAUUGCGGUUAUGUUAGACAACAUACAAUGAAGUAUUUAGAGGUAAUGGGGCAUUAUGUCUCAAAAUUGCUUUAAAAUGGUUCCAAAAUAAUACAUAUAAAUAUAUAUAUAUGUACAUAUGAGAGGGAGAAAGAAAAAGUAAAUGGGGCAAAAUAAACAAUUUCUGAUCUUGAGUAAACUGUAUACAGAAGUUCUUUGUACUAAUCUUGAAAUUUUUCUGUAAAUGUGAAAUUAUAGCAAAAUAAAAAGUUAAAACAAUAAAAUUAUAAGAUUCAUUUUUUUAAUGGAGGAAAAGGGAGUUUGGAGAGCAUUUCAAACUCAUAGAAACAAAGUUUUUUUUCUGUGGGAAAUCACUUGAUAAUGUUUUUAGUAGCUAUAAAUGUAUAACUAUAAAAUCUAUUACUGUGCAUUUGCAGUUUUUUAAUUAAAUCUAGAUUUCACUGGAUGCAGUAGUUGUUAUGGCUUUUUUUUUCUUAAUCAUUGCAUAAUUAUUAGAUCUAGUCACAUCUUUUACUUCACACAUACA